UUAGCGGGCACGCGCACGGAGUCAACCUGAGUGUUUGAAAUGGCGGCCCGGGAAAAUAAAAGACCCAGCUGAAUAGCGGUCCGAGAUAGCAACCAAGCAAUCCUUCACUUUUCCGGAAGAUAAUACACGUCCAUUUAAAGCGUAACCGCCAUGGAAGGAGGUAAACCGUCGCUUGCGCUGGUCCACCAGGCUGUGCAGGCGCUUUACCACGACCCCGACCCCGCCGGCAAAGAGCGAGCUUCCGCGUGGCUCGGGGAGCUGCAAAGAUCGCUGUACGCCUGGGAGAUCGCAGACCAGCUCCUGCAGCUGAAGCAGGAUGUGGAGUCCUGCUACUUCGCAGCCCAGACCAUGAAGAUGAAGAUCCAGACCUCAUUCCACGAGCUUCCGGCCGACACCCACACGGCCCUACGUGACUCGCUGCUGUCACAUAUAGAGAACCUGAAAGACCUCUCCCCCGUCAUCGUCACCCAGCUGGCCCUGGCAAUAGCAGACCUCGCCCUGCAGAUGGCGUCCUGGAAAGGCUGUGUUCACACUCUCAUUGAAAAGUACAGCAGUGAGGUCUCCUCCAUGCUGGUCCUGGUGGAGAUCCUGACCGUUCUGCCAGAGGAGGUGCACAGUCGCUCCCUACGGAUUGGAGCCAAUCGCCGUGCAGAGAUCAUCCAGGACCUAGCCUGUUACUCCAACAUGGUGGUCUCUCUGCUGGUGUCCUGUGUGGAGAAGGUGGGUGGCAGUGAGGGGAUGCUGAUCAAAGUGGUCCGCUGUCUGGGCAGCUGGUUUAACCUGGGCGUUCUGGACAGCUCCUUACUGGCCGACAACCAGCUCCUCCUCAUCCUAUUCCAAGUGCUGCAGCGGGACGAGACCUCCACCAACCUGCAUGAGGCGGCCACGGACUGCGUGUGCUCGGCGCUGUGUGUCGUAGAGAACGCGGACGCCAGCGUGCCGCUAGCCGCGCGGCUGUUCCAGGGUGUGCUGACGCUGGAGACGGCCUACCACAUGGCUGUGGCACGCGAGGACCUGGACAAGGUGCUGAAUUACUGCCGGAUUUUCACCGAGCUGUGUGAGACGUUCCUGGACGCGAUGGUGCGGAGCCCGGGGCAGGGCGUGGGAGACCUGCAUACGCUGGAGCUGCUGCUCAUCUGUGCAGGACACCCCCAGUAUGAGGUGGUGGACAUCACCUUUAACUUCUGGUACCGGCUGGGGGAGCAUCUGUACAACACCAACAAUGCAGUUCUUAAUGGCAUCUUCAGACCCUACGUACAGAGACUGCUAUAUGCACUGGCCCGGCACUGCCAGCUCGACCCCGAUCAUGAAGGAAUACCUGAAGACAUGGAUGAUUUUGGAGAGUUUCGCAUGAGAGUUUCAGAUCUUGUGAAGGACAUCAUUUUCCUGGUGGGCUCCACGGAAUGCUUCUCGCAGCUGUACUCCACUCUGAAGGAGGGAAGCCCACCCUGGGAGGUGACUGAAGCAGUGCUCUUCAUCAUGGCCACCAUCGCUAAGACUGUAGAUCCUGAGAGUAACCCCAUGCUGCCGGAGGUGCUGGAGCAGCUGGUGCUGCUGCCUCAGACAGUGCACCCAGCUGUACGCUACACCAGCAUGGAGCUGGUGGGGGAGAUGAGCAAGGUGGUGAACCACCACCCACGCUGCCUGGACCCUGUGCUCAGGUACCUGAUGGAAGGUUUAAAGGAGAAGGCUCUGGCCUCAGUGGCAGCAAAGGGCAUCCACAACAUCUGCUCCAUGUGCCGAGAUCACAUGACCCAGCACUUUCAGACCCUCCUGGAUAUCGCCCGCGCCCUGGACACCUUCGCCCUGUCCCCCAAUGCUGCUGUCGAGCUCCUCAAAGGUACUGUGUUAGUCCUGUCUCGUCUCCCGUCGGAGAAAGUAGCUGAGUGUUUGAGUGACCUCUGUGCCGUGCAGGUCACAGCACUUCAGAAGCUGCUGUCUCAGGAAGGUAAACCCGCUGACCCCACCGUUUGGCUGGACAGAUUGGCAGCCAUUUUUAGGCACACAAACCCUGUUGUGGAGAACGGGCAGACGCAUCCCUGUCAGAAGGUCAUUCAGGAAGUCUGGCCUGUGCUGUCUCAGACGCUGCACAGACACCAGGCUGAUAACAGGAUUGUUGAGCGAUGCUGCCGCUGCUUGCGAUUCGCCGUGCGCUGUGUGGGCAAAGGCUCCGCCCCCCUGCUGCAGCCACUGGUCACACAGAUGGUGAGUGUGUAUCAGGUGCACCCCCACUCCUGCUUCCUGUACCUGGGCAGCAUCCUGGUGGACGAGCACGGCUCAGAGGACAGCUGCCUGCAGGGGCUGCUGGACAUGUUACAGGCCCUCUGUGUGCCCACCUUCCAGCUGCUGGAGCAGCCCAACGGCCUGCGGAAUCACCCCGACACUGUGGACGACCUCUUCAGGCUGGCAACACGGUUUGUACAGCGGAGCCCUGUCACCCUGCUGAGCAGCCAGAUCAUUGUACGCAUCAUCCAGUGUGCCAUCGCUGCCACUGCCCUGGACCACCGCGAGGCCAGCUGCAGCAUCAUGAAGUUCGUCAGAGACCUCAUCCACACGGGCGUUGGCAGCAAGCAUGCGGAUGACUUCGAGGUACGGAAGCAGCUGAUUGGUCAGGUCCUGCAGCAGCAGGGGCAGCAGCUGGUGACACAGCUGAUUCACUCCUCCUGCUUCUGCCUGUCGCCCUACACCCUCCCCGACGUGGCCGAGGUCGUCUGGGAGAUCCUGCGCUUCGACCGCUCGAUGUUCAGCCACUGGCUGGAAAACACUCUUCAGGGGAUCCCCAAACAGACGUCUGGCGGGGCGGUGACCGUCACCCACCAACAGCUGACAGACUUCCACAAGCAGGUGACCAGUGCUGAAGAUUGCAAGCAGGUGUGCGGGGCCAUACGAGACUUCACCAGGCUGUUCCGAUAGCCUAGGCUGCAAGGUCUACCUGAAGACCAGAAGGAGCGUUACAGAAGGAGGUGACGGUGUUACAGAAGGAAGAGACUGCAUUACAGAAGGAGGUGACAACGUU